AGACGCAACGUCAAGCUUUCAAAUAACCCGCUUAACUGAUAGAUCUGAAGGUGUCGAUUAUACGGGGCAUGUAACAUAACCUUAGUAACUUUCAUAGCAAUCGACAAUAGAGGCUUCAGAACUUCAGAUUCGAAUGAGGAAAUUCUUAAAAGAACAUCGAUGCACCGAUGCCAUUUCUAAUCAUUUCUAAUGAUUAGGGAUUCGUUAUUGGGAUCAUUGUCUCGUAGUAUCAUUGUUUCUGUUAAUCAUUCGGCGUAUACAGUUAUUACAAUUCUCUGAACAGUAGGAUAAAGAGAUGGAGGUAGAUGAUUCAAAAAGAAAUGACGUCGUGGAGAUUAUGAGAGAGAAUUUGAGAGAAUUAUCUCACAUUGAAAGGAAGGAGCACCGCACGAAGGUGUUAAAUAAAAAUCGCGUGGCUUUGGGCAACAUAGUGCCGGUCUCGUUUUUGACGACGAAAUUUGUCGUCGAGAAGGCUAAAGUACUUAAAAAGAAACCGUUGUCGAUAGAGGAGUACAAACAAUUACAAAAUGCUCUCAUACAGAGCGAGGAACAUGUAAAUUCAUUUCUAAAAGUGGACAACAUUUUACAUGCCUUGGUACGUGAUUUUUCUAGCAACGAUCCAGCCUUGCAAUUGUCUGCUAUCAGUUGCUGUUGCAAUAUAGCACUUGGAAACGUUAAAGCAUGCACGUCGUUAACAAAAAGUAUCGCUCCGUACCUUAUUACAGAAUUGGACAGCUUAAAUUAUCCUUUAUUGGAUGUCUGCGUGUGGACAUUGGGAAAUUUGGUUGCCGGAAGCGACAAGGCUUUCGAAAUUCUUCAUGCGCAAGAUUGCUUCAAAUAUAUCGUCAGUUUGAUGAGCAAUUGCGACGAUACUAUUUUCCCUUCUGUAGCGUAUACAGCAAUGCAUUAUACGCACGUUGGUUUUCAACGAAUUCCGGAAAAUAAAAUGAUCGAGCUCGCUAAAGCAAUUACAGGAAGAAAUCUUUCGUUCGAAGAUCCGUACUUCGUUUGGUUGUUAGCUUUAUUAUCGUCGCAGAUAGUCUGUAACAUCUAUUUACAUAGUGUAGUGCCCUCGAUAGUGGAUUAUCUGUAUCAAAAUAGUACAAAUAACGUCGCCAACGUGACGGAGGUCACAGCGUGUAUAAGAAUACUGGCUAAUACUAUUUGCGAAACGUCUGGUGAUUUGGCAAAAUUGUUUAUGGAAAAUCCGAAGUACACGCGAUCAGAUUUAGAGACAUUGUUGAAUAAAUUACUUUCGUGUCAGUAUAUACAUGUUAGGAAAGAGACGUUGUGGUUAAUAGGUAAUUAUAAGUACUUUAUUGUUAAAUUAGUAGAUCAGCUAUGUCGAUCAAAUGAAAAAAAUGAAUACCUCUUGCAGGCAAUCUUUACAAUCACAAUUGUACCGAUGUUAAAAAGAUUGUACAAGACAUCGUACCGCGGUUAUCGUCCCUAAAGCAAGCAGUCUUAUCUACAACGCAGCAAACUAUGUCGAUAAGUACGGACCCGAUCGACUGAUC